CAAGACUUUUAUCGAAAGGAUUCUUACUGCCGGUUCGGACAAGUAAGCCAGAUCCUGGUUGGUGCACGUUGCAACACGACAAGACAGACACAACGACACCAUGUUCCUCCGACGCAACAAUGCGUCGGACCCGGGCAGUCUGGGUUCGAGCAUGGAGGGGUCGAACUCCUCUCCGCUGAGAGAAAUUUCGACGUUGCUCGACAAACUGAAACUCUCGGUGGAUGCCUCGAUGAAUGUUUUUCUCGAUGGCAUGAUCAAUGCCAUUGCAGGCAGCGGCGACAACGAGGUGCAGCAGCGGCGAUGGCUCCGAAGGUUUCGGAGAGGCGAACACCAAGGACAAGCGGCACCGGUGGAAGCAGAGCCGGCAACCGCCGCCGCGGGUGCGCCCGCAGAGAAUAAGAGCGAAAACACAAAAUCACAGCCCAAAAAGACGUUUCGGAAGAACCGGCAACCCAACGCCCGGUUCGCUCCCAUGACCGACGCCGAGACGGCGUCUCUCGUCGAAACAAUCCGGCGGAUUUCAGAGCUGGUCGUGAUCGGCGAGCGUGCGUCAGCGGACGUGCAGAGCGAAGAAGACAAGCUCCGGGCGCUGGUGAAGCAGCAAAAAGAUGACGAGAAAGCCAGCGAAAGCCGGAGUGGAGACUCUGUAGACGAGGAGGAAAAGCGACGACGAGAACAGCUGGAGAACGAGUGCGCGAAAAUACGGGAAAAGAUCUCGGAAAAGAAAGCGUAUGCAUAUGUCUACGAUCACUUCUUCGAACGGAACGGUUUGUCGACCAUUGCAGAUAUCCUGACCGGAAAGGCCUUCGAUCUGCCGGGAUUUUUCGAGAAACGAAAGCAAACCGUAAAAGCCGAACUAGAGGGCUACGAAAAAAUCCUGGAGGAGAGCAAAGCGGAAGAAGAGCAGAAAGAACAAGAAACUAGUAAGGGUUUGAAGAAACGAUCCGAAGCGAUAAUGAAAGCUUUGGAUACAAUAAAGGAAUCAGAAACAUACGCAAAUACUGUUCUGCUGCCACCGCUGGCCGUGGCAAUACAGGGCUUUCAAUCGACCUCGAUUCUAGUUCAAAAUGUCAAGCGAGCUACCUCCCUCUUCUUCAUCUUAUCGAACAAUCACAUCAACCAGCUGAUUGGCAUUCCCCUGGAGGAGUACCAUAUUGCCGAGCGAAGCAAGCUAGAAGGUGGUAACAAAAACUCGGCCGGCACUCCGAAUCUUAUGUCGCCAAGAAGGUUUGCAAGUCCCGAGCUAGGAGAAUUGGCCACAACUUUUGUUUCCUUUCUGAAAUCCUUGGCAAUGCGAAUGAAUGCCGAAACCCUCCAGUUCUUUUUGACGUAUCCCGCCGAUACCGCCAUUGUAAGUGAUACGGAUCUUUUCGAAGAGGCGCAACACAACAUCGAUUGCCACGACGAUGACGACGAAGAGAUUCCACUGGACGAGAUUAUGUCAAACUCUCGAACCAAGCCCGAGCUACCGGCAAAUCGCCCCGUUGCCGUCAAAACCAUCAAAGUCGAAUUUCCUUUGUACGAAAGGGCAUUGGAAUUCUGCGCUGCCCACCACGAUUCCUUCAUACGGACCACGGCUAUGAACAUAUGUCUGAACACGCUUCGACUGUCGACCGUGGAAGCCAAAACAAAGGAGGAAGAACCCGGCGAAGUUGCGGAAGCGGUGAAUCUAGAGGCUGCAAGUGGAGACUCGCCCGAUGGAGUAUUGCACAACGCAAAGGCACUGCCCAUGCGGGAGCGUUUAGCGAUUGCUCAGUACGUAUGCACGCCGUCUCGGGUGGAGAAACUAGCGUCUCCCAUUUUCACUAAGCUAGCCCAGCUUUGGGGUGUGCUAGAAGAACAGUUCCGGGACAUGGAAAUUGCUGGCAAGGUCGGACAAUCCAUCGGCAAUGCCAAUGGCAGUGGCAACGACGAUGACAUUCCAAAAAAGGCAAACGAAAAGAUAGCUCGAGCACGAGAACUUGCUCGACGGAAAAAAUACACCGGGAUUUUCAACGACACUUCUUACAAUCUCCAGGACGAGCUGCUGCUCUUGGACGACAUGUUCAAAGUUGGUCUUACGUCUUUGAACGAGCAAGUCAUUGAAAUGAUGUUUGCAACGUUUGCUUAUCCUCUUCUAUUACAACCCCUUUUGUUAUAUUUCCAGCGCUCUCCUGUAGCCGCCGAAGUCUUGUUUGCAGACACCCUGAACGAGCACAGCCUCGGGAGUCAAAUCAAACAAUCGGAUGCCACUGCCACCGAGAAGGCCGUCAUAUCGGGACCCGCCAAGUCCGCACUUUUUUGUUUAGCGGCUGCCUUUCAAUUUUUGACCAAUCCGCCGUUGUUACGAUUGCUGUUCACGGCCGUCUUUCAUCCCCUGUCGCCAAACGCGGCGGGUGAAACCAUGAUUCGUGCGAAAGCUGACGUAGCCUGUAUGGGAAAGGACGGAAGAGCUACGAUUCGCAUCGAUAGAUUCGAUGAGAAUGGCAAAAUGGUGUUCGAUCAAAAUCGAGAAACGUACGUGUUUGGGACCGUUACGGGUCGGAAAGAAGUCUCUGGAAGACGAAGCGGGAACCAAACGGGCAAUCAGGAUGAUGCGUGUGUGUUUGUUUUGGCCCCAGCUCUUUCGGAAAUUUUCAAUUUCACAGGUCAAGAUGGAGGUCUCGUCGCACGAUCACGCCAUAAUCCCUACCGGAAGGCUAUAUUCCAGUGUUUCACCCUUAACAGAGAGGUAUCUGACUUGCAAGACCUCACAGUGAUGGCUGUUUAUUCUGCUGUUUCGGUACUCAAUGAGAAGUUCUUGGUCGAUCUCCUCUUUGGACUGGACAUUAAGCGAUACCGAGAAAACCUUCCGAAGGACAAACGAUUUGAUUCAUUUCGGGGCAGCUCUACCGAUUCCUUUGAGGAUGACUUCGACGACAGAGGAAUGGGAGGAACCAUCGCUUCGACUGUGGAUUCUAGAUUGUCGUUGGGUGCACUAGAAGGAGGAAAAAUCGGUUUCGAUUACAUGAAUGAAGUCAUUGUGUCUUUUCAGCGGUGCAUUUUAAAUGCUGUACCUGGCAACAGCGGGGCGUGGAAACUCAAUUAUGACUUGGUUGCUGCCAAUGCCUUGCUGACUUGCGUUCGCGGUAAUUCUGAGGCCAUCAUGCGCGCUUCUGAGGCAAUCAAAACUCGAUACCGCCAAGCUUCCAUCUUCCUCGCGGAUAUACCGGCCACUAUCGACACAUUGUUUGAUUGUGGAAGGCUUUGGAAUAAGUUGAAACAUCUCGUGCCCGCAAACGGUACCGAAGAAGAAAAAAACGUGUUGUAUUAUGGGGCAAUUAUGGACAUGAUCGCUCGCCUAAACAAUGGCAGUGAUGGUGCCCCGGUUGAAUCGAUACUGCAUAACAUGCUUUAUUUUACCAAAGGGGUACCCGACAAAACGGGACACGUAUCGCUUUACGUUUCGGUUUCUUCCCUAUGUUCCUACAACGAUGUCGGUGCCCGUGCAACUGCCUGUUCGCCUUUGGAGCAGGGAGACGCAGCUGGUGCGGCCUUUAGCAAUGCUGUAGAGAGCACCAGUGCGUUGCUGAAGCUCAAUUCCUUGGUUUCGCUGAUCAACGGGCUCGUAAACGACAAGGAUAUGCUUCGGGAUCAGAAAAUCGGUGGUUUUAUUUUCAACGGAACCACCGAGCUCAUGGUCUCGAAUCCGAGCGACGGCAAGACAAUAUAUUCACCGAUAUCGGACGAGUUCGACAGCGCCUUGUUUGGCACCGAGAGCAAACCUGGCACCCUACGCGAAGAGCUCAAGCCAGGAUCGGUGACUACUCUUGUCGGCAAGAUGGCUUAUCCUUGUGUCUGCGAAGUUCCUCCAUCGAUGGCUCCUUUGUUUUCGGAAGAGGGAGCCAAAGUAGUAUCUCAGGGUGUAACAUGGCAGUCCUUGUACCUCGUUAUAAUGGACGAGGAUCUUGUUCUGGUAGAGCCGGAACGCCGUCCAAACGGCAAGGGACGCGUUGUUACACUGUGCAGACUUGAGAACCUGACACUUGACAGGGAUCCUGACAAUGCAAGAGUGGAUACAUCGGCGCGACGGCUGAUGUUGAUCUGUGAAAGCCCAGAUUUGAAGCCGCCGGGCAUGUUCCGAUUUGAAAAGAAAUUACAGCCACAGCAGCUAGGCCCGUUUUCUCGUUGCAAUCGAUGGAAGAGCUCUUUGGAUAUUUGGUUCGAGGAUAGCAACGCUCUCCAUGCUGCCUUUACGAAGGUUUUUGAAUCGGUUGUGAGAGCAAAGGCGAGUCGUGGGAGUCGCAUACGAAAAUAUCUUUCGGGAGGUGAAAUAUAAGCUUUUCAUGCACUGGCCAUGCUAAUCACUUG